AUGGAGAACAAGCCAGUAGGCAGCAUUCCUCUCGCUACCUUCUUCAGUCCCCGCUUCCGUGUUCCUGCUGGAAUGGAGCGGAGACCGCUGGCUCUACUGCCCCCACGCGCGCCGGGGUUCCUCCGGGAGCAGCCGGGUCCCAGUGGAGGCGCGCAGUUGCCGGCCUCGGCCUCGGGCGGGAAGCGCCGCAGCAGGCCUGGAGGCCGUCGGAACGCCCGGUUCGCCGAGGGAUGCAAACGAGAGGUGGCGGCACCGGUGCCGGACAAGCUACGAGGCCCCGCAGCCCUGCCCGCCGCGCGGCCCACGUCAGCGGCGCCCCCGGCCAGCCCGCCCGCCCGCCCGCGCCUUACCGAGCCCCGCGGCCCCGCCGCGCCGCCGCGGCGUCGCUUCGCGCCGCUCUCCGCUCCGUGUCUGCCCUCCGCGGGCUGGGCCCGCCGUCUUCGUCCGCCGCCGCCGCGCCUAACGCCGGGCCGCCCAGGGCCGCCGCGGGGGCUCGGCCGGGCGCCCCCCGCGCCAGCGCCUCAUCCCGCCUCGCCGCCCCGUCAGGCGCGGGGGCGCCGGCUGCGGGCCGCGGCCUUGGGUCGGCACCUCAGGCGCGCGGCGCGCUCCCCUCCCGCGGCCGCCACGACCCCCGGGCCGCCGCCGCGCGCCGCAGAACCCCCUCGCCCGCACGCCUCCGGUCGCCCCCGCCCCGCUGGUCCGCGCCCGCUCGGCCUCCGCCUCCAGCGCUCCGCCUCCUCUGCACCCGCGACGCCCGCAGCGGGAGAAGAGGCGCGCCACCGCGGCCACGGGCACGAGCACGCGCGAGGAGGGCGCAAGGAGCGCGCGCACGGCCGCCUCGCGCGCGGCGAGGCCUCGCCUGCUGUUGUCCCGGGAAAGCACGUUCAUGGCGGGGGGCGCGGCUGGGGGCCUCUCGGAGAGGAAGCGGGGAGCCGAGUGGCCGACCCGGGGCUUGCACUUUGGCUGUCCCCGUCGGCCUCUGCGUCCUGCUGGGGGGCAAAGAUUCCAGAGCUGCCGCAGGAAAAGGCAUCGUCCUAGACUACGCCAGAGGCUUCUCUCCUCCCCUUGCUGACCCCAGAAUCCCGUCCCUGCCACCGGGAGGGGAGGGGGCGUUGCCGCAAGGCAGGAGAUCCUCCGCCCGCGCUCUCUGCCUGAUUUGAGGCUAGAAUCUACUCGCGCCGCUUAUAUUUUGGAAUUGAGGGGUAGGGUGCCUGAAAGUUCCCUCAGUUAGCUCCUUCAUCCCGAGUUCUGGACCAGCAAAUUGAAAGUAAUGAAGCUGAGGAGAAGAAGGGCAGGAAAGGGUGAAAGAGUUGGGAACUUGAAGGCUCAUGGUAAGACAACGGAUCCAGAAGCAGCGGAGGGACUCCCUAGGAACCCCCUGACUGGAUGCCAGUGCCCUUGAUUCUUCCCCUGGUUCUUUUGUUCCGCCUCCAAAGGCUGUACAGCACUUCCACCUGCAAUGACCAUCAGGAUGACAGAAUGCAGGGAAGGUAGCUGAAUAGUCUUCUGAUUUUCCUCCACCGCAGCUACCACCACUACCCCUUUCCCCUUUUUAGCUAUAUACCUUUUAGUCCUUCUGACUCGUUCCAUAUCUAAAUGUUUGGGGGCGGGGGGGGCAGUUAACCUACGUAACUUGCUUUUAUGCUCAAGCCUAUUAAUGCCAAAUACUGCAUCAUCUAAUGUCACUGCAGUGAUUGGGUCCACUCAGCAUUUAGUCAUUUCAGUGGGAGUCAUUGAAUGUAAAACAUGGCCUUGACCGCAAUUAGCUGAAUUUCAAGGGCACACACGAACCAGGAUUUCACCACAUCCUGGAGAGAAAUUAGAGAGUGUACAGUAAUGAACAUGUACAGUAAUUCCAUUUUCCUGACAGUGUCAGGAGAACCAACGUUUCUUUGGAGUAAAUAUCCUGCAUGUUUCCUAGCAUAGAACCAGGAAAAGCAACGGAAUGAGAACAGCAGAGGCACGGACCGGGAUGGGAAACAUCAAGAAGCCACAGCCCUCUCCUGAAAGAGGCACAGGCACUUGGGUCGUAAGGGUCUUCAUGAAGAGAAGCCAUCAGGGAAAUGCAAUCAAAACUACGCUGAGAUUUGGACUUCCACCAGUCAAGAAAGCCAACAACAAAAGCUGGAGAGCUGGGAGCGAAGGGCUUGUAUACUUCCGGUGUGAAUGUCAAUUAGUGCAAACACAGUGAGAACAGCACGGAGACUCCUCAAACAGCUAAUAGUCCCAGUGCUUCGGAGCCAGAGACAGAAAGAUCAUGAGUUUGAGGUAAGCCUGGGCUAUACAGCAAUUUUCCAGGAUAGCCUCGAAUAAAUAUUAAGACUAUAUCUUGAAAGAAAAAAAAAAGACUAAAAGUAGAAUUGCCAAGUGAUCCAGCUGUUCCCCCCUAGGAAUGCUGGGAAUCUAUCCAAGUGGCAUUAGGCCAGCCUACUACUGAGCCUUCCUGCACAUCCAUUGUCUCGGAACACGAUUCACAAUGGUUAAGAUACACUAACAGUCUACAAGCCUACCAAUGGUUGUGUGACAAGUGUGUAAGACGGGUGAAGUGUCUCAGCAAAAGGCACUUGGUACCAGGUCGGAUGGCCUGGGCUCAAUCCCUAGAACUCGUGGUGGAAGAAGAGAACUGACUCCCCAAAGGACACUCUGACUUUUACCUGGCUCUACAGCAUGUGCACACACACACACACACACACACACACACACACACCUUACAUAUACAGUAAUAAUAAAUAAGAAUUUUAAAUGUUUUUAAAAGAAAAUGGGGUAUAUGUAUCCAAUGGGGCAUUUAUUCAAUCAUAGAGAAUAACAAAAUGAUAAUUGGAUGAAGCUGAAGUUCGUGUUAAGCAAAUCAUACCAGGUCAGAAAGACACAUAUCAUGUUUCUCUCAUAUACAGAACGUAGAGGUGGGGGCUAUGGAGGGGUAGCAUGGAAAUAGAAGGGAGCCUAUCUGAGAAAGGAAGACCAGAGAGAGAGGGGACAGAGGAGAGGAGAGGGACAUGAAUAAGAUCAAAGUACACAAUACACUUCCAUAAUAAAUCAUGAUGAGACCCACCAAUAAAUGUAUGUUAAUUAAAAAGAGGUGACACUCAGUGGGAGGUCUUAAGAUCACUGAAGGGAGCCCUUGGAAAGGAUAGUAAGACUCAGUUCUCUUCUGUUUCUUGGCCUUGAGUAAAUCGGUUCACUCCAUGUGUCUGCCAUGCCUUACCUUAAUGAUGUGCCAGCUCUGGUCCAAGUUAACAGGACCAGCUGAGGCUCCAAACCUGUAAGCCAAUAUAGACCUUUUCUCUAGGAAAGCUAACUUCCUCAAGUUUGGUAACAAAAAGCUGCCUCACACACCAGGCAGUCUUACAUAUCCGAGGAGAGCGCCCCCUACCCACAUGAGAACCCACUUUCCACCCUUUUUACUCUGCUCUACAAAGGGUAAGAAAACCCUUGCUCUUCGGUUCCUAUCACUGCUUUUCUUUUCGCUGUAGUUGGCCGUGCCUUUUCCCUUGACCCCUAAGGACACCAAAGAAAAUUCCACUCUCAGGUACAGUGAUUCAAACUAGGCUCUUCUACAUAGAUAAAGCAUUUCUACACGUUUCAAACACGUCUUUACUGGAUUUUUUUUUUCUGGGGUGGGAGGGAGUGACAAUAAAGUUGCUUGUUGGUUGCGUUUUUUUUAAAGAGAAUCUCAUUAUGCAGCUCAGGACAGCCUGGAACUCAUGAUCCCACUGCCUCAGCUUUCAAGGCUGGGAUUCCAGGCAUGUGUCACCAUGCCCCACACCCAUUCAUAUCUUUUGAUAGGCAAGUAAGCCAGGGUAAGAGAGCAAUUUUUCUAUCCAAUCCAUUCCAUAGUCACAACUAGCCCCGCCUCCAAACUAGCCCCCAUCCUCUUUCUGCCCCACCCACCUCACCCCACCCCCUUGUGGUUUCUUAAGCCAAACAGCAGAUUACUCAGUAUCACUUCAAUGAUACUUCAAUGAUAGCAGGGAAGCCAAUCAGCCUGUUUUCCCUGAGCAGGUCAGGGAUUUCGUCUUUUCUUUUUACCGAGGGAGAAAGCUCGCUUCAAGGAAAUGAGGAAAGCUUACUGAGAGGCACCCUUCCUAAUUAAGUUCUUACCUGUACAGUAGGGACCAUGCUAAAGGCUGGGCAGAGAAAGGCAAACAGGGAGUGCCUCUGGUUCCCAGCACUUGGAGUUUACGGGAGAUGAAAACAGCAAGAGCUAAUCUCUGGGCUUACAGACAUCAAACAGCUGUGCAAACAUUGGGCAGAGGCAGAAAUUAAACACGAAAGUAAAUAAAGUAUUUACCUUAUGUAAAA